CUGUUCCCCUCUUCAUCGCAGUCUUCCCCGUUGUCAUCGGCUCUCAUCGGUUCUCAUCCGUAUCCAUCUUAUCCGAUCCAGCCAACAUCGCUGCGUUGGCAUGUCUGUCCAGAAACACCCGACCCAGACCCACGGCCGCACCCGCCGCCAGAACCACUCGUGCGACCAGUGCAGGAAGUCCAAACGCGCCUGCGAUGCCACCACUGGCCAGCGCUCUCCCUGCUCCUACUGUGCCCGGACGAAGAAACGCUGUACGACCGAAUGGGCCCGGUCGCGCGCGCAGUCGGGGUUCAAACCAUCGCGUCAGCAGCCCCAUCUGGAUAUCCUGACCAGGGAAAUCCUGCCAUGGAUGGCCGACCAGCCUCAGCUCCAGGGGGACAUCAGCACUUUAGACGGUCUACUCGACUUCAAUCCAUCUGAGGAUUUGCUUGGCUGGGGCAGCAAUCCUGCUGCCGCUGCACCGUUGGACUACAACCUGCUAUCCCUUGAUCCGGCAUCAUUCAACAAUCCGCAUCCAGCACAGGAAGAACCAGAGCAAUCCGCUUUAACGACCGCUCACUGCGUGCCAAAUAUGCAGCUAGACUUGCAGCUCCCAGACCUCGGGCUAGACCCAACUCCCAGUCACCAGUCCUGGCAAACCCCACUCACCUAUAACACCCUGCAGUAUGCAUCGUCCAGCUCCAGCGAUAUCAGCUGGAUGCCGUGGACGCAGAAAUCACCAGCAGCACAGACAAGCCCCCGCACGCAAUCUCUCUCCCCCUUCUCGAUCGACCAGCAGAUGAUCUCCGCUGCAAACUCGCAUCUCACCUCUGCAAACCUUCUACAGAUCUACCACGACGUCCUGGAACACAACCUCUCUUGCUGGGUCACCGAGCAAACCUGCCCAUACAAACGCGGCUGGCAGGGCAACGGCCCACAAGCAGUCCCAGAAUGGGGCUCAUUUUGGUCCAACCGGAUCUACCAGCGCACGAUAAAACUCGACCGCGUCGCGCAAUCAUGCAAGCUAGUCAGCAUGACAAAGACCGAAGAGCGGUCCGCGUCCAAAGCUCUGCAUCUGUCCAUUAUGGCCUUCGCCACGCAGUGGGCACAGGGCAGUCAACGACACCGCGAGAAAUACAGCAAUACAUUCCUCGACCACUCGAGCAGUAGCGGCAGCACGACUGAAUUCGACCGCGUCCUCCAGAACCACUUCUGGGACCAAGCUCGGCGAGCAUUGCAGGAUGUUGCCGAUGUCGAGUCCUACCAGGUCGCCUGCGCGGAACUUAUCUUCGCUUUGACGCAGCGGCCGUGGGAGUCUGAGGAGGAGAAUACAUCCGCGGAAACAGAACAACGAUCUGAGUCCACCACGGCGUUAUUGCGGGUCCGAGAUAUACUACAAAAAGACGGACCACCGGUUCACAUCGAGCGAGCCGCGCGGAAAAUGCACGCGCUGAAAUACCGAUGCGACGCGGUCGAGACUGGCCUGCGUAGACAAGCAGAUAGCAAAGAAGCUAUUGCAUGCAUGGACCCCGAGGAUCGCGCGUCAAUCAGUUUGUUGUAUUGGUUGGCCAUAAUGUUCGACACGGUCUCGGCGUCCAUGAACGAGCGGCCGGUCGUAAUCCAAGACGAAGAGUGCCAGCACGAAGCCGAAACGCCAUCACCACCAUCUCAAAGUGAAACAAAAAAAAUCCAAAACCAGAUUCAACCCCGCUGGGACAUGGACCUCUUCGUCCCCGGCGGACUCGACAAAACCACCCAAACCCACUGGCCCUGCACAUACUCCGUCGCAGCCGAAGACAUCACGAAAUCCGCCCCCGCAAAAGUCCUCCUCUUCCGACACGUCUCGUACCUCCAAAACGCAGUCCGGAAACUCGCUCACCCCACUAUAAUCGAAGAUAUCAUCCGCAGCACAAUGUCCCUAUACAAACACUGGAAUAAAACCCACGGCGCCUUUUUCACCGAGAUGGUCCACGACUAUAAUACCGUCCCCCAGCGCAUCCAGGGCUGGUUCGUUUGUAUCUCCGCGCAUUGGCACCUGGGAACAUUAAUGUUCGCAGACCUACUCGACUUCAUCCAUGAAAACAGCCUCGGCGCGCAGGACAAAACUGCCAGCAGGGUGGAAGACAAAAUCGCGUCUCAAAUCCGCAAACACAGUUCAGGUGAACUCGCAGAUCUCGCGCGCGUCGCUACACCAGCGACGUUGGAUGCUACCCUCGGUGUACCGCAGAUGCCUGGUUUCCACCACGCGGUGAACGAGGGGACGCUCCUUACGGAGCCGUGGACUAUGAUUCCCAUUCGGGCGUUUACCAAGGCGGGUCUGAUAUUUCUGGAUGCAGCGGAGGAGUUGGCUCGCUUACCAGAGGUGUUUGUUCAGGAUGGUGAUGGUCACGGCUUUGCGCGGAAUGUUGAGCAGGCGGAGGAUUGUAUCAAGGGGUUGUGGCUGUUAGGGAAGAAGUCGGAUAUGGCGAGGAAAAUUGCAGAGACACUUUCGGGGGCGUUGGCGAGGUUGAGGGAUGGGUUUGAUAUUUAGCAUUAGCACGGUAUGUUGGAGAUUGUAUCAUUGUUGGGAGGAUAAUUGUAGCAUGUAACAAGCAUUAAUUAUCACAGCAAUAUUAGUCUUGUAAACUGUAUCUAUUACCUCUGUUUUAUCACGGGCUAAUCUUACUUAUGAUUCAUAUGACUCCAUGUCCUGGUCCAGCCUCUCCUACCUGAUUCUUAGCUGUGGGACAUGGAGGUAUUGAUAUGGUAGAGAUUGUUUCCAAUUUGUCUUAUUAAGCAUACAAGAAAUGAAAGCCAAUGCAGAGUAAGGAUAAUUUAGG